CUUGUAUGGUGCUGUCAUAUGGACCGGCAUAUGAAGCUCAUUGAUGCUCAGGGACACAGUCUGCUUCUGUCCGGCUCACGGAUACACGCAGACGGCUUUGUUUUGGCCGGACUGGACAAAUAUACAUACAAACAUACAUAUACACACAAAGAUGCCUACGCAGAAGCAAGCAGCGCCAUCUCAUCUACUACUCUAGAUCAAAUCAACAGCUGCACAGCGAAGACCUCCUACUGGCGAAUGAAUAUGAAGACACAGAUGACACACUGCACAUACGCAAAACGCAUUCAAUGAACUGUACACAGCGCCAUCCACACAACGCAAUGCAAUGCAAAGCACCCGACUCACUCACCCACCCCCUCAGCUGCACAGCUACGAUCUGUAGACGGCCCCUGACCUCUCGCGGUCGAAGGUUUUGCGGCACAUGGGGCACUCUCUCUUGCGGUACUUGCGCCAGCACUUGUCGCACAGGCACAUGUGGCGGCAGGGACUCAGUACAAUGGUGGCGCGCUCGUCCAAACAGACCACACACUUCUGCAGGUCCUCGGCCUUCUCCUUGGCCUGCACCUCGAGCUCACGCAGCUGCCGCUCCUGGUCAGACAAACCGGCCAAUCGGCCCACUAGCCGGUCGCGGGCAGAUGCCAGCUGCUGCAGGGCCUCCUGGAUGUCGUUCUGCAGACUGUGGAUGCCCUCCUGGUCGGUGUGCUCGAGCCGAUCGGCAGACAACCUGAUGACAAAGGCAUGCAUGACGAGAGACAGGCCAGCGAUACGUUGGCUUUUCGUUCUUUUAAGCGGCGCCCACUUGUCGAUGCUAGCAGAGUCGAGGCAGCCCACGUCUGCCUGCAGCUCGCGGACAGAUGCCUCUAACCUGCACACACACAGACAAUAGAGAAACACGAAAUCUGUGACCCUUUCAUCGCGCCGCCUACUCGCGGAUCUUCUUGUGUGCGGCGUCCCUCUCUUUCACGGUGCCGUCCAGGCGGGCCUUUAACCUGUGAGGGAAACCAGUCGGCAUGUGGCUGAGCGGUGCCCUGUGUGGCUGGAUGGCCGCUCACCUGCUCUUUUCGUCACUGAGGGUGUGGGCCUGUCGCUGAGCGGCAGCUAUGGCCUCGCCCUUGCUGGCCUUCUCCCUCUCGGCCACCUCUACCUGCUUGUCUAACCUGCACCAGACACAAACCCGUAUGGCCGAUGCAGCUGUGCCUCGUUAGUGUCCUCACUUGGUGGUCAGCUGCUUGGCCUCCUUCUGGGCUUUGGUGCAUUCUUGCUUCGCCUGCUGCAGCGAUGUGCUGAGGGACUUGACCUUCUGACGGUCAGGCUCUCCCCUGCACCGCACGUAUAAGUGUAGUCUCCUGUUCUCUGCUGGCUGCUUCUUCUCACUUGUUGCGUUCGGCAUUCAGGGUGAUCUCUGUCUGUCUGAGGGCCUCUCGGGCAGCAUCGCGCUCGCGGAUGGCCGCCGAAUACCUCUCCUCCCAGCCCUUGACGACCUCUCCAUACCUGCAUUGAUCCAUCAGACACAGCCAAAUGCAGGGAGUGGUGGUGGCGGUCGCCCACCUGGCUUCGCUUUCGAUGGGAUCGAUGUCUGCCGGCCUCGCUGGGGUUCGUGUGGCGUCCUUCAUAUCCACAGCGUCCCUGCAACCCACCGAACACACAAAACAGUGCUUUCUGUACGACGGUUGCUGCCACCUACUCGGUGGUGCUCUCUGCGGCAUCAGUGUCUGGGCGCCUCUCCUCCACUCGUGUGCCUUCCCUCUUGUCCGCAGGACGACCCUUCUUCAGUCUGUUCUUAUCGCGCUUGCUGAGGCGCUGUGUGCCCGCUGGAGUGGUGCCAGCAAAACCACAGACAGACCCAUCAUGCAGCCGUUGUCAUAUUCCCUGUCCUUUGUCCCUUUCUUGCCUUCUUCAGAUUCCUUCAGCCGAUCCAUGGGCUUCUCCUUGAGCCAUCUGGUGGCGAAGAGCAGACGGCGGCGCACCCGCCGAUUGGCCAGCAGCGAGGCGACAACACAGCAGAGCACCAGAGCCACAGACCACGGCGAGGAGAAGAACCGCAUGAGGUGGGUCUUAUCUAAAACCACACAGAGACAGAUAAAAAAUGGUCUCUUCUUCUUUCUUCCUUCGGCUGACAUUCGUGGCUGAGGAGAAACCAUCCGAGGCUUCCGUGACCCUGAAAGCACGCAGUCAUGCAACCAGUACCAUUCCACAGGGGUGAGCUGCGCAGCUACUGUAGAGCACGGUCUGCCUACCUCUUUGAAAGCCUCGCCAGCUGGCAUGCGUCCUUUGCGAUUUGAAACGAUAAUCGGAUCUGCAGACGCGCUAAGCAGCUUGGUCACUGUAUCCCAGCAGCCACUGAACACAGAUAUUCAAGAUCUAUGGGGUGUUCAAUAGUCCACUCACUCACCCGAUUGCAGCAAAAUGAAGUGCAGUGAUUUUUUCAUAUCCGACAGCAUUGGCAUCUGCUCCGGACGCGAGGGCCAGCUCAAGCAUUCUCCCAUGCCGAGCGUCACACGGAUGGGGAAAGCGCCGGGAAUGACUGCAGGUGCAUGAGGUUGCCCACAGCAACAGUGUCAAUUCCUUUGCCAUCCGACUACUGUCGGCAGGCAAUGGAUGCUUCACUACUGCAUUGACGUCCGCUCCGUGUCGGAACAACACCUCUACCGACUCAACAUGACGCCUGCGCGCGGCCACAAGAUGAGGCAUCCACAAAUCCGGCCGGUGUUCCCUCGCCUCGACACCCGCCGCAAGAUGAGGCAACCGGUGUACGGGCUUCACGUGUGCGCCUGAACCGGACUAAAGGGACAUGAAUGACUCGCGGCCGCAUCAUUUCGUGGUGCUGACCGAACUCUAUGAGCGUUUCCACGACGUCUGGCCAGUCGCCAUCGUUGAUGGCGAUGAACAACGGAGUCUGCAAAUUGUUGUCGCGGCCAUUCACGUCAAGUGCCCGCCUGCUGCUGUUGGCUGCCUCCAUCAGUGUCCUGACGAGUCUGGAGUCACCCGUCGUGGCAGCAUAGUGGAGAGCCGAGAACCCCUCGCUAUCGACGUCGUCCAGCGCCCGCAUGCGAGGCAGCAAGAGCUUCAUCAUCUGCAGGGGACUCAUGCCGUUGAUUGCCAACAUGAGUGACGUCUUGUUGUCGGGCCUGCCCUCAUUCGGGUUGGCGCCCUCGUCCAGCAGGUGCUGCGCCGCAACUACAUCCCCCUGAAAGAAAAAGAGAGGAUCACACACGACAAAUGCAGCAGGCGCUGCCAUGCCCCUCACACACCAAGACAGCAGCGUUCUUCAGCGCCUGUACAGCCGCCAGACUGGCCGAUGGCCGCCCUGCAAAGCAGAAGGAUGUUGACAAACAAAUGGAGUGACGGUCGGUGUGGGUGGCUUACCUGCGUGUCCAUUUGCUGCAAGGAGGAGGGAGAUCAAAAGCAACAUCAUCAUCACGCCAUCCCUCUUCAUCGCGCCCAAACCUGCGAGCUCAU